CCUGUGUGUGGGCUUUUUGUGUGUCCUGCUUUCCUACCUUAACAGAAUCUUCGAUAUCCCCCUCUUCCUGAAAUUUCAAUAGACCAGAGAGAGAGAGAGAGAGGACCUAUAACGCAACAUACAUACAUUAUGCGCCCGGAUAUUGAACAGGAGCUCGCUCACACCUUGCUAGUGGAGCUGCUGGCCUACCAGUUUGCCUCGCCCGUCCGAUGGAUUGAGACCCAAGACGUUAUUCUCGCCGAACAACGGACCGAGCGCAUUGUCGAGAUUGGCCCUGUUGAUACCCUAGGAGGAAUGGCCCGCCGCACCCUCGCUUCCAAAUAUGAGGCCUACGAUGCUGCUACUUCCGUCCAACGCCAAAUCCUCUGCUACAGCAAGGAUGCUAAGGAGAUUUACUACAAUGUUGACCCUGAGGAGCCUGCAGCGGAGGCUGCCCCAGCUGCAGCUCCUUCGGCCGCGACCGCGGCUCCCGCACCUCCUGCAGCGGAGGCUGCACUCCCGCCCCCCAGUGCCGGCCCUGCAGCGGCUGUGGAAGAUGCGCCAGUAACUGCUGUGGAUGUUCUGUGGUCCCUGGUGGCCCAGAAGCUGAAGAAGAGCUUAGCCGAUGUGCCAUUGACUAAAGCCAUUAAGGAUCUCGUUGGAGGUAAAUCCACAUUGCAAAAUGAAAUUUUGGGAGAUCUUGGAAAGGAAUUUGGUUCUACACCGGAGAAGCUAGAGGACAUCCCGCUUGAUGAAUUGGGUGCUUUGAUGCAGGCCACCUUCAAUGGCCAAUUAGGCAAGCAGUCCUCUUCACUCAUCGCCCGUAUGGUCUCCUCGAAAAUGCCUGGUGGCUUCAACAUUACCGCCGUUCGCAAGUACCUGGAAACUCGGUGGGGCUUGGGCUCUGGCCGCCAAGAUGGGGUGCUUUUGCUAGCUAUCACGAUGGAGCCGCCUUCCCGUCUCGGGUCCGACGCCGACGCCAAGGCCUUCCUCGAUAAUGUGACGAACAAGUACGCCGCCAGCGCGGGCGUUAAUCUCUCAUUCCCCGCGGCCGGUGGUGAUAGCGGUGGCGGCGGUGGCGGUGGCGGCAUGAUGAUGGACCCAGCAGCCAUUGAUGCGCUCACCAAGGACCAGCGGGCUUUGUUCAAGCAGCAGCUGGAGGCCAUUGCUCGCUACCUGAAGAUAGAUCUUCGUGCCGGUGACAAGGCUUUUAUCACAUCUCAGGAAACCCAAAAGGCGCUCCAGGCUCAGAUCGACCUGUGGCAGGCCGAGCAUGGCGACUUCUACGCCUCCGGUAUCGAGCCAUCCUUCGACCCCCUCAAGGCCCGUGUCUACGACUCCUCUUGGAAUUGGGCCCGUCAAGAUGCUCUCAGCAUGUACUACGACAUCAUUUUCGGUCGUCUACAGGUAGUGGACCGCGAGAUUGUGAGCGAGUGUAUCCGUAUCAUGAACCGCUCUAACCCUCUCCUUCUCGACUUUAUGCAAUACCACAUUGACAACUGCCCCACCGAGCGCGGUGAGACCUACCAGCUGGCUAAGGAGCUGGGUCAGCGACUGAUCGAGAACUGCCGGGAGGUUCUUGAUGCCGCUCCCAUUUACAAGGAUGUUGCCAUCCCCACUGGUCCCCAAACUACCAUCGAUGCUCGUGGAAACAUUGGCUACAAGGAGGUUGGCCGUGCUAGUGCGCGUAAGCUGGAGCACUAUGUGAAGCAGAUGGCUGAGGGUGGCCCGAUCUCCGAGUACAGCAACCGUACCAAGGUUCAGAAUGAUCUGAAGAACGUCUACAAGCUGAUUCGCGGACAACAUCACUUCUCCAAGUCCUCGCAGCUCCAGUUUGAUGCUCUGUACAAGGACGUCCUACUCGCCCUGAGCAUGGACGAGAACGAGAUUAUGUCCCAGGAGAACGGCUAUGCCAAGGAGGGACGCAAUGGUCUCGAGCGGACUACGACUCUCCCCGGUAAGGUGGAGACCAUUCCCUUCCUUCACCUCAAGAAGAAGAGCGAGCACGGCUGGGGCUACAAUAAGAAGCUCACUGGAAUCUACUUGAAUGUGCUGGAGACCGCUGCUCAGGCUGGUCUCACUUUCCAGGGUAAGAAUGUGCUUAUGACCGGUGCUGGUGCUGGUUCUAUCGGCGCGGAAGUUUUGCAGGGCCUUAUUAGCGGUGGUGCCAAAGUGUUGGUCACCACUAGCCGCUUCUCUCGAGAGGUGACUGAAUACUACCAGGCCAUGUAUGCCCGUUACGGUGCCCGGGGAUCCCAGCUGGUCGUGGUUCCUUUCAACCAGGGUAGCCAGCAGGAUGUACAGGCCCUUGUCGACUACAUCUACGACACUAAGAAGGGCCUGGGCUGGGAUCUAGACUUUGUCGUGCCGUUUGCUGCCAUUCCCGAGAAUGGCCGUGAGAUUGACUCCAUUGACUCAAAGUCAGAGCUGGCUCACCGUAUCAUGCUGACCAACCUGCUCCGUCUUCUGGGCUCGAUCAAGACCCAGAAGCAGGCUCACGGCUUUGAAACCCGUCCCGCUCAGGUCAUCCUGCCUUUGUCACCUAAUCAUGGUACAUUCGGUAAUGAUGGUUUGUACUCCGAGUCUAAGCUUGCUCUGGAGACCCUGUUCAACCGUUGGUACUCUGAGAACUGGAGCAGCUACCUCACCAUCUGCGGUGCUGUCAUUGGCUGGACUCGCGGUACCGGUCUGAUGAGUGGUAACAAUAUUGUGGCUGAGGGUGUUGAGAAGCUCGGUGUUCGUACAUUCUCUCAGCAGGAGAUGGCUUUCAACAUUUUGGGUCUGAUGUCUCCUGCUGUCGUCAACCUCUGCCAGUCUGACCCGGUCUGGGCCGAUCUCAAUGGUGGUCUACAAUUUAUCCCUGACCUCAAGGGCUUGAUGACCAAGCUCCGCACUGAUAUCAUGGAGACCAGCGAUGUUCGCCAGGCUAUCAUCAAGGAGACUGCUAUCGAGAACACUGUCGUCAACGGCGAGGACAGUGGUGCUCUGUACGAGAAGGUUGUUGCCGAACCUCGCGCGAAUAUUAAGUUCGAAUUCCCUAAGCUUCCUGACUGGGACUCCGACGUGAAGCCCAUCAACGAGUCUCUCAAGGGUAUGGUCAACUUGGACAAGGUCGUUGUUGUCACUGGUUUUGCCGAGGUGGGUCCCUGGGGUAACUCGCGUACUCGUUGGGAGAUGGAGGCCCACGGCAAAUUCUCCCUGGAAGGCUGUGUUGAAAUGGCCUGGAUUAUGGGUCUGAUCAAGCACCAUAACGGCCCUCUCAAGGGCAAAGCUUACUCCGGCUGGGUCGAUGCCAAAACCGGCGACCCUGUCGAUGAUAAGGACAUUAAGCCCAAGUAUGAGAAGUUCAUCCUAGAGCACACUGGUAUCCGUCUCAUUGAGCCCGAGCUGUUCGAUGGAUACGACCCCAAGCAGAAACGGUUACUCCAGGAAAUUGUCGCCCUGGAGGAUUUGGAGCCUUUUGAAGCCUCCAAAGAGACCGCGGAGGAGUUUAAGCGCGAGCAUGGGGACAAAGUAGAGAUCUUUGAGAUCCCUGAGUCUGGUGAAUACACCGUCCGCCUCCGCAAGGGAGCCAACUUGCUUAUUCCCAAGGCACUCCAGUUCGACCGCCUCGUCGCUGGUCAGAUCCCGACUGGCUGGGAUGCUCGCCGCUAUGGUAUCCCCGAGGAUAUCAUCGAACAGGUGGAUCCUGUGACCUUGUACGUCCUGGUCUGUACCGCCGAGUCCAUGCUGUCAGCAGGUAUUACCGACCCGUACGAGUUCUAUAAGUAUGUUCACCUCUCUGAAGUCGGUAACUGCAUUGGUUCCGGUAAUGGUGGAGCACACGCUUUGCGUGGCAUAUACAAGGAUCGUUACCUCGACAAGCCCGUGCAGAAGGAUAUCCUGCAAGAGUCGUUCAUCAAUACCAUGAGUGCUUGGGUCAACAUGUUGCUCCUGUCUUCCACUGGUCCGAUCAAAACUCCCGUCGGUGCAUGUGCUACCGCCGUCGAAUCCGUUGAUAUCGGUUACGAGACUAUUGUUGAGGGCAAAGCUCGGGUCUGCUUCGUUGGUGGGUUUGAUGACUUCCAGGAGGAGGGCUCGUACGAGUUCGCCAACAUGAAGGCCACCAGCAAUACUGAAGAUGAGUUUGCCCACGGUCGUACUCCGCAGGAGAUGUCUCGUCCCUUUACCACCACCCGUUCCGGCUUCAUGGAGUCGCAGGGUUGCGGUGUGCAGCUGAUCAUGAGUGCUCAGCUUGCUCUUGAUAUGGGUGUGCCCAUCCACGGUAUCAUCGCUCUGACCACGACCGCUACUGACAAGAUCGGUCGCUCUGUCCCUGCUCCUGGUCAGGGUAUCCUUACCACUGCGCGGGAGAACCCUGGCAAGUUUCCCUCACCUCUACUGGAUCUCAAAUACCGCCGCCAUCAGUUGGAGCUGCGGAAGAAGCAGAUCAAAGAGUGGCAGGAGUCAGAGCUUCUGUACCUCCAGGAGGAGGUUGAUGCUAUGCAGGCCCUGGGCGAUGAGACCUUCAAUGCUUCUGAAUACAUGCAUGAGCGUGCUCAGCACAUUGAGCGUGAAGCCUCUCGCCAGGAGAAGGAUGCCCAGUUCUCCCUUGGUAACAACUUCUGGAAGCAGGAUCCUCGCAUCGCUCCUCUGCGCGGUGCCCUGGCCACCUGGGGCCUGACCGUUGACGACAUUGAUGUCGCUUCUUUCCACGGUACCUCAACUGUCGCCAAUGAUGAGAACGAAUGCGAUGUGGUCUGUCAGCAGCUUAAGCACCUUGGCCGCAAGAAGGGUAAUGCCGUGAUGGGUAUCUUCCAGAAGUACUUGACUGGCCACCCCAAGGGUGCUGCUGGUGCCUGGCAGUUUAACGGCUGUCUCCAAGUUUUAGAGAGUGGACUUGUCCCCGGCAACCGCAAUGCCGAUAACAUCGAUAAGGUGAUGGAGAAGUUCGAUUACGUCGUGUACCCCAGCCGCAGCAUCCAAACCGAUGGUGUUAAGGCCUUCUCGGUUACCUCCUUUGGUUUCGGUCAGAAGGGUGCUCAAAUUAUCGGGAUUCACCCCAAGUACGUAUAUGCCACCCUUGAAAAGACCCAGUACCAGGCCUACAAGGCCAAGGUUGAGACCCGCCAGAAGAAGGCCUACCGUUUCUUCCACAACGGCUUGAUCAACAACAGCAUCUUCGUGGCCAAAAACAAGGCUCCUUACGAGGAUGACCUGCAAAGCCAGGUUUUCUUAAACCCUGACUACCGAGUGACCGUUGACAAGAAGACCUCCGAGUUGAAAUACUCGGCCACUCCUCCGAAGGUAGAGGUUCCCAGCGAGGAGAGCACUCGUCAGGUGGUCGAGUCUCUGGCCAAGGCCAAUGCUACCGCGAACUCCAAGGUCGGCGUUGAUGUUGAGAGCAUCGGCUCGAUCAAUAUCUCGGACGAGAUAUUCGUUAAGCGCAACUUCACCGCCAGCGAGCAGGAGUACUGCCGCAAGGCCCCUUCGCCCCAGUCCUCGUUCGCAGGUCGUUGGAGUGCCAAGGAAGCUGUCUUCAAGUCACUUGGUGUAAGCAGCAAGGGUUCCAGUACGGCUCUGAAGGAUAUUGAGAUCACAAGCGAUGCUAACGGUGCUCCUGUGGUCAACCUUCACGGGGUCGCCGCUACUGCUGCCAAAGAAGCUGGCGUCAAGUCGAUCAACGUCAGCAUCAGCCACAGCGAUUCCCAGGCCGUAGCCGUGGCCGUUUCGCGGUUCUAGUUCUAAGCUCAUUGUACAUCUUGCCUUUUUGUCCCCUCCAUCAUGCGUAUUUACAUAAGUGUUGGGAAGAAUAGCAGAGUCGUCCUCUCUUCUCUUUCGACUUCCAGUUCCUCCUCUUUCCCCCCUUUUCGAAACAUGAUGACUGUGCUCUAUGUUCAUAUUCUUUGUCUCUUUUCUAGAUUCGAGCCAGUUUCACCUCCUCGUCUGUUAGUGUUUAUAAUUGGAGUAAUGAUAUUUCUUAUCACAGAUACGACAUUGAACAAGUUGUGCAAAGAACGAUCCGACCCAGCGUUCUGCUCAGUUUCCAUACUUACACUCGAUGCUAAGUCCAGAUAGCAUCCUUUUCAAGCUGUUAGGACUUCAGAAAAACCUUU